AUGCCGCGGAAUUUCCAAGAGGAGAAGAAGGAAGGACAUCACAUGACGAAGUUCUCAUUUCAAGGAGGAAAAAAAUUGGGGCCUAGCAGGCAUAUUCUAGGAAGCCUUGAGCUAGGCCCUUCUGAGGCGAGUGGGCGGGACAUCCUCUGUGGAAGCCCCUCGUUUCCGGGGCGUCUACGGACGGGACGGAGGAGCUUCCGGUCUGGGCGAGUGAAGCCAGACUUCCAGCCCUACCAGGGUUACCCCUUUGGCAACUGGUACGAGCAGCAGCACAGCUGUUACUCUCCUUCCGGCUGCAGCUGUGGUUAUGCACUGGAUGGAAAUGGACCCAGCCUUUAUUCUGCACGCGAGACCCCUGGACACCCAGCUGAACCUUUGCUCACACUCGAGGGAACCACAGCUCUGGCUGAAAACCCAGAUGAAGAUUCGCUAGAAGACCCAAAUCUCCAUUUGAAUAUUGAGGAGUUAAACAAAGAAUUUAUGGAGGAAAGUGAAGAAUUCUACGACUCUCUCAUGAAUUGCCACUGGCAGCCCCUGGAUACAGUUCACUCUGAAAUCCCAGAUGAGACUCUGGAAAAGAAAGAUGAUCAUUAAGCUACCCAGAUAGCAUAUUCAUCGUAUUUUGAUUUUUGUGUUUGUUAAAAAAAAAAAAAUUCUCCCAGGAAUGUAUUGGAUUCUGUAUGUUAAUCCAGGAAUGUAUCGGAUUCCAUAUGUAAAUACAGGUUUCCAGGACUUCAGUGUGAUUGACAUGAGAGAAUGUAAUCCACAUAAACUUUACCAGCAUA